UUUUGCACUUUUUAGAACAUUAAUAAUCCAAACUAGAGUUCUGCAUAGCACUAUUAGAAAAUACGAAAUUUGUACUUGCUUCUCUCUAAUAAAGGAAUUCCACUAAAAUAAUAUUCCUCUGAAAUUCAGCGACAUUUUCUGGAUAGGAAAAGAAAUAUUUGGCAUCCAUGAGCUCAGGGGCAGAAGGUCUUGGAACCAGACAUCAUAGCCUUCCUCCUGAAAUCUUAAGUCAUUUUAAUUAACUGAAAUGGUUUUUAGGGAAUUUAGGCCAAAGCUUGUACUUCAAAUUUAUGUUAAUUCCUUGCUGGAAAGGAACAGUGGUAAGAACUCACUCCACAGUUACCAGAACUUGUCAGCACUUGAAUGUGAUCGAAGACCUUACUUGUCUCUAUUCUCCAGAAUCCCAGUAUGAGAGCUUCAAUUCUUAAUUGUUUCACUCCCAAGAGAUUUCUCAGCAUCAAAAACAUUAGAAAAAAGCUGUGUUGCAUCUACAGCCCAAAACUCCACAUUCCUUGUCACCAUUACCCUCAUGAGCUGCGAUUCAUUAUCUAAUCUUUCAUCUUCCUUUUCAAGAAGAAUUUGUUUAUGAAGGAGACCAUAGAAAAGCAGCUUCUCAAAUGUCCAGGCUCUCUCAAUCUUCACCAUUCUUAACUAUUUGCGGUCCAAACCAUUCACUUAUUUAUCAUCAUCCUGGAGAUAAAAAUCCCUACAUCUUAAUGAUAAUUAGAACUUUGCUGGUUUGGCCUGCAGAGCUGAUAAGAGCAUAAAGCUCUUCCCUGCCCUUCCUUGAUAAUGAAUUCCCAUUUCUUAAAGACAGAACUUGUGCAGUGCUUUGUAUGAUGUAGUGCAGGGAUUUCCCAACUGCUGCUCAAUGCAGAUACAGAACCUGUGAUACUUUCAGCAUGUUUACAAUACUCUGGCACUGCUUCUUUUUACCAACCAGCUAGAAUAAGACUUGUCCUCUCAGCUAUGAAACCAAAGCUAAACCAGGGGAAAACUGAGAUGCAAUGCAAAAAAUAGUAAUUAAGACUGGAAAAAAGUUACCUCCACUUUUUUCUCCCCCACAUAACCUAUUUUUGUUCCAGUCUGAAAAUCCUACUGUGCUGCCUCUUAGACUCAAAAAGCAUUCCUCAGCAGUGCUGUCAAUUCAUCUAGAGCUAAUUGAAGGACAUAUUUCUGAGCAGUGUUUGUUGCCAUAGCCUAUUCCUCUCUCACCUGAAGAUUAAAUAACUGCACUAUUUGCACUAUGUUUGCCCUGCACAGCCUACAAAGCACAGCUGAAGCAGAAUGAAAUGCUGGUAAGCUGCAUAGCUCAGUGGCAGUUUGACACUAACAUCCCACAGCUCGCAGUAGCUGCUGAUUUUUAACCUCUAACACCUUCAAAGGUGUCAUGUUUGUCUUUCUGGUCAAUUAGCUUCCACUUUCUCUGCAGCAAUACUAACAAAACCACGGCUGAGGUGCUGUACCUGGAAAAGCAGCUCUCUGCCUAUUCUCCCCAGAAAGUGAAGUGGUUUUGCUGAGGUCCAUCUACUGAUGGACCCCUCUGCUCACUUCAGACUUUAGGUCAAACUUCUAAACAGACUUCAAGUAUUUUGCAGUAAAAUGCAUUAUCUGUAGGGGCUAUUUUUAUCCCCAUGAACAGACACACCUACCCUCAGUAAUUCCUUUUCCCUCCACGCUUUGGUGCAGAAGAAAGCAAAGCCUGCAGUGACACUGGAGCUUCCAAGGAAAGCAGUGCUGCACUCACAGCUCCUAAAGGGAUCUGCUCCAAGGCACUUCCUGCUCCUGGCACUGCGAGGGAUCCGCCUCCAGCAGGGCUGGCUUUCAAACAGGCACGACCAGAUUCCCCAGGCACCGAGUAAUCCAUUUGCCUGUCCUGCAGUUGCAAAAGGCAGUUUCUCUCUCACUCUACCUAGCGCUCCUGAGGAUGAUCACGCUCGGACGGCGACAGAAGAAUUAGGAGGAAUGAAGGAAAUACUUCAUGGAAUGUUACUCAAGACAAGUUGCCUAGGGAAUAUUCUGGAAAAAUGUUUUUUGGGAUUAUACUGAAGCUUAACCUCAGGAGUUCCUGUGUAAAGGGUAAAAGCCACCAGCACAAGAUUCAGAGUGCAAUGAAACAAACCAAACAACAAAGAUACUGGAAUUAACUUCCUGUGUUGCAAGAGGGGAGAAGAAAAAAGCAGCAAAGAAUCCUGACCACAAAAACCAUGAGAGACCGUCUGCAAGAGCUCAGACUGAGGGCUAAGGAACUACAGAUGGGAGGAGAAAACAAUGGUGCAACUGUCCAAGAAGAGGAGCAGGAGGAGUUUGAACAGCAGGCCAUUAUUUAUGAAAAAGAGCCCAUCACUGAAAGGCACUUGCACGAAAUCCAGAAGCUUCAGAACGAAAUUAAUAACCUGGUGGAAGAAGUCAAUAAAUUCAGCCAACAACAAAAAAGCCUCGUGUCCUCCAUGAGAAGGUUCAGCGUUCUCAAAAAGGAGUCGAACAUAGCCAGGGAAAUCAAAGUGCAGGCAGAGCACGUGCGCAGGGGUUUGGAUGAGCUGGCCAAAGCAGUGAGGAGAGCUGAGAGCGAGCAGGGGCCAGCGCGAGCCGCGGUGAGGAUCCUGGCGGCCCAGCACGCCUUCCUGUCCCACCGCUACCUGCACGCCAUGCUCGCCUACAACGAGGCCAUCACCGCCAAGCAGGACAAGUGCAGGACCUUCAUCCUCCGCCAGCUCGAGGUGGCUGGCAAAGAGCUGGCUGAGGAUGAGGUCAAUGACAUGCUCCAGCAAGGAAAGUGGGAGAUUUUCAAUGAAAAUCUGCUCACUGAAGUCAAGAUUACGAAAGCUCAGCUGUCAGAGAUUGAGCAGAGACACAAAGAACUGGUCAAUCUGGAGAACCAGAUCAAAGAUGUGAAAGAACUCUUUAUCCAGAUCUCACUUCUGGUCGAGGAGCAAGGGCAGAUGAUCAACAACAUAGAAAUCUACAUGAACAAUGCUCAAGAAUAUACUCAAGCAUCUAAAGAAAAGUUUGGGCUUGCAGUCAGGUAUAAAAGAAGAAAUCCUUGCAAAGCAAUUUGCUGCUGGUGUUGUCCGUGCUGCAGAUGACACCAGAAAUGAACUGCUUGAAAUAGCAGUGGUUCCUCCCCACCAAACUGAUCUUGGAAAGCACUCCUGGCAUCCCUCAACUGCUUCACUUUUCUUCCCAAUUUCCCUUCAGCAGAGCUCUCAGGAAAAACUGCAUCUGUGUUUCAAGACAGAGUAAAGAAUUUUAUGGUUUUCAAAGAAACACAUGAACUACAGGAAAGGAUCAAAGGAUAAAAGUGACUUUUUUUGUGUUCUUAUAAACUUCUUCAAAGUUUAGAAAUUCUAAAGUUUAGUUUGGUUCUUCAAACUAAAACAGUGUGGCAACAAACUCCCUGUGCUGUUGGGAGGCAUUGAAAAUAGUGUUAAUCUCAAAGACAGGAUUCAUAAAAAUGUUUUACUUACUUUUCACAAAAUAAUAAUAAGUAUUUUUAAUUGCCUUGUGGUUUUUUACCAUUUAUAUUUAUUUGCUUAAAUUCUAAAUGUUUUUUUCCCCAGGAGUCUAAAAUUCUACAAAACAAAUCUCCACACAUGAAGCAGACACCAUUUGUAACAAUCCAGAAUGGGAUGCCUAAACCAAACAAGAGGUCAGAAAAGUUACCAGGAAUGUUUCAAUACUACAUCUAUAGGAAAAGUUCAUAAACUUUUCAUAAAUUGAUGCAGAGAUACUUAUAUUAUUCAGCUCCACAGGCAGAGCCCUUCCAGGAUAGGGGAAUAUGAUCCUUAAUUACACUCUCAUAAGGCACAUUCUUAAUGCUGCCUAUCCUGCCUAAAUACACAGUCACAUUUACAGUCUCACUCUUGCCAACACAAAAAUUAAUGAAAAAAUACAAUAAAAAAUAGAAUUCCAUCCUUACACCCCCUACUCCUCCCCCAUAAUCUAGAACCAGAGAAUGAUUUAGGUUGGAAGAAACCUCCUGCCACCAACUCCUUUGGGAACUGAGUGAGAAAUAGCUCUCCAUGCAAUUUAACAGACAAUAGCAAUGUAACUGAGACAAAAAAGUUCUUUCCAAGAAGAAAUAAAAAAAAAGUUUCCACAUUAAAACCAAACAGCAAACCAGAAACCAGCACU